AUGGAUUGGCCGGGUACCGAACCACACAGCCCCGGCAACGCCUCCACGCCGCAUGCAGAAGUUCUCGAAGUGAAGAGCUCAUUAUGUGGCUCCAUCGUCAGAAGCAUGAACUCUGUGUCUCUCCCUCUCGCUUCGUGGUCUCAAAUCACUGAUGACAUAACUUGGAACAUCCUCGUGCUAGUUUCACCACAUCCUGUCACCAUUGCAAGGAUAGCAGCCGUGUGCAGGACGUGGCGCUCCAUUGUCAGGACUAGCAAGUUCCUGAGGAGGCUGAUGGAGCAUCACGAAGUAACACCACUCAUGGGUUUUUUCACCAACGUCCCUAGCUCAGAUCGUUUCCUCCCUUUUGAUCAGCAUCUAGGUGUUGUCGGUGUCCCUCGAUUCACCCUGCCCAUCUUGUAUCCAGACAACCGCCUCCCCACUCUCUCCACGAGCCACUGGGAGGUUCUUGCUUGCCGCCAUGGUAAGGUUUUGCUGCUUGGAGGGGCCGUACCUAUGCUCUUAGUGUGGGAUCCAAUCACUGGUCAUCAGACAUUAACACGCACCCACAGCGAACUGGCCUAUGUCCACGGCACAGUGGUAUGUGUCGCCCACCACCACCAUGGAAACUGUCACUCGUCGCCUUGGGUUGUUGUCUGGAUUGUGAGCACCGGCCGCGAAAUCAAGGUAAGAAGGUGGUCAUCGGUAACCCAAGCUUGUAAUAUCCCGCAAGCUCAAGUUUGGUUCGACGGCCUGGUUGAUUUCCGUCCAAGCACGUUGAUCGGUGAUGUUUUGUAUUGGCAUUUGACCAAUAACUUCCUCAUUGCCUUCGACAUGGCUGAGAAUCUGCUCCACCCUAUCGAGUUGCCCGAAGCAAUGCCAUCUCUUAAAUUCCGACGCCACGUCCACGUCGUGCCAUUAGACGAUGAUGUUCUUGGCUUGGCAGUUCUGAACACUUCAGUGCUCGAGAUUUGGUCCAGGGUUGGAGGCAUCAAUGAAGGAUCUUCCUGGGCCAUGAACUAUACCAUCCCUUUGCUUUCCAUCAUGCCCAUCCAAGAUGACCACAUCAUAAAUCAUCAUAGGCCACAAGGCCGAAUUGUGUGUGUCAUGGAGGACAGGAAAGUUAUCCUCAUUCGUGCUGCUGACGGGGUAUAUGAAGUGGAUUAUCAAAGGAAGACAUCCACCAAGAUCAUGGGAGAAACACCAAGGGGGACUAUGUUUGCAUAUGAGAGCUUCUACAUUGCAGGUGUCGCUGGUGUCGACGAGGCAUGA